AUGACCAUGCAGCGUGCUAUUUCCGUGACACUGGGCUCCGUGGCUCUGCUCGCAACAGCAUCCAUCAUCGGAGUCCUCAUCGUUCUUUCCAUCCACAUCCCUCAGGCCAGUGGCCGGGCAUCCUCGCAGGUAUCUGUUGCUGUUGAGGCCAUCGUCCUCAUCUGCAUUGGCUGGCUGGUUGCGACGUAUAGUUCAGCCUCUGUGCGAUCUUGGUCCAGGCGAUGUCUCGGAGUCGACCAGGGGCUCUGCCUUUUGGCCAUCACCUUCGCUACCGUCGCAGUCGUGGCUACUCUCAUUCAACUCAGCAAGGCAACCGUGGAUCACCAUGACAAGGUCCUCGGUGCCAACAAGAACAACUUCCUCACGGGCUCUUCAGUUGCCCUUGGACUCUCCUUUGCUCUCCAGAGCGCUUUCCUUCUGUUUCACUUCAUUCUUUCAAGGUCCUCUGACCCGGCCCAAUCCCUUCACUCCACGGAGGAGGAACGGAAAUUACCGGUCAAUCGGGUCAAGGCCAUCCGGUACAGCCAGACUUCCCCCGACCCGGAUAUGGCAACCCGGUUGGACUCGAUGACUUCUCAUACUCCUGCUUCGUCCAUUGGUGGGCGAUCGAGAUCUGGCACCAUGACCUCGAUCAAGUCGUCACUCUCGCAUGCAAUUCGCCCGGUUACUUCCAAGACUCAGCUCCUGCCAACCAAGGAACUGCGACGACCUGCCUCGAUGGACUCGUACGGACCCCGAGCUAGCGGCGAGGACGCCUUUGACACGUGGGACACGUCGUCGGUUGAUACCCAGAACCGUCAAGCCGUCUGGGAAGCGUCGACGCCUCCGCUGACGCAGGGCCGCUUCCUCGAGACGAUUCCCGGAAGCCCGACAGUGAGCCGGACUCCCAGCCCCAACACCGAGGUGAUGCCCUUUGAACCCCCUCGCAUCCGACCCCGGAGCCGCAGCUACAGCCCCGUGCCCCGAAGACGGGAGCAGUCGAGCCCCAUCCCGGAGCCGCCGCCAUCGAUGAACGAGAUGCACAUCCACCCCCUGUUCCGAUCCGACUCGCCCGACCCACCCCCAGUUACUACGCCAGGUACCGUGGUGAUCGCAUCGCCGAACGCCGGACAAGUGAUUACGCACCGACAGAGCGUCCGAUCACUGAAUCAGACACGUGUGUCGAGCAACCCGCUCUUCUCGAGCCCCCUCAGCAAUCGCGAUAGCACUGUACGAGACGAGCAGAGCAGCAGCAACGUCAGCAUUACGGAGGAGGAGACAGAUGUAGAGACAGAACCGACACCAACGCCAUCAGAGCGAACGAUGACGCCUCCGAUUCCAGAAUGGGUACUGGGUGCAGGCACUCGGACGAGUUGGUCAGGAUAUAACAGCCGCAAGGUCAAGGCUGAUGUGGAAGGAAGCCCGGAGGAGGAGCAGAAGACGAACUGA